AGCAAUUUUUUUUCCCCCCUCGAAAAAAUCUGGAAACGAUGCCGUUCGUCGCGACGUCACGGGGACCAGCCAGUUGACGAAGAUCGGUAAGAGUUCGAUGGCCAUUGUUUCCGUUCGCCGGCGCGCAAUUUUGUCCAGUUCGACGUCCCUCCAUCUUCUUCGACGUAAGAUAAACACAGCUGUUUCGACGCGAUAGUUACGCGUCUCUAUUUCUAUCACGAGUGAUCUAUAUUUCUAUCACGAGUGAUCGGUGAAACGAGGUAACGUUCAGCGCGAUCGAGGAUGCGCGAUUUAGUAGUCGAAUUGUCAUAAUCAGUGCCACGCGUGAAACUUGUGUCGAUAAGGAGAUGUGACUGCAGGUACAACGUUCAGGUGAGCAGCAUGCGACUAGCGCCGUUGCUGGUAACCCGCGGUCCGGUGCUGGUGUGGAUGCUGCUGGUACCCUGUCAGGCUUUUACCUUCGAGGAUGGACCGGCCGGCGACAAACCUGAGGGACGCGAUAACCAAGUUCCCCCGCUCCAGGGGCAGGUGCCAUUUAACGGAACUCGACAGGGCAAAGGUAUCUUCGAUUGGAUCGGGCUUGGAACGGGACGAAACGUGGAUCCCUACAUGGCGAAGACGAACAAAGGCUGCUUGAACGGGGAUUUAGCCGAGUGCUUCAAGUCCCAGGCGUUGAGUUACUUUACCGACUUCUUCGACCAGCCCCGGUACGACCUGAACGACUACGUCAAGGUCGUGAGGAUGUCCAGGGACGUGGUGAAGGAAGUUGGUCGUCAGCCGUACGAGUACUCCAACGAACCAAGGUCUAGCGACUCCGAGUGGGAUCAACUCGUGAAGUUCGCCAUGAGAAAGGCGGAGAAGUUCGUGAAGACUGUGGCCAUUGAGCUGCACAUACCAUCCGAAGAGACUGGAGACAACGAAGUCUACGCUCCUCGGUUCUUGGACGAAAUUGCCGACGAGAUUGACACGCUGGAGAACAAAAAGGACACUCUCUUCUCUCGACACCAGCUGAAGAAGCUCCUGAUCCCGAUGCUGAUCGUCCUGAAGCUCUUCAAGUUGAAAUUGCUCCUGUUCCUGCCUCUAAUCCUGGGUCUGGCGUCUUUCAAGAAGUUCCUCGGCUUCUUGGCGAUCGUGAUACCGGGUCUGAUCGGUUUCUUCAAGUUGUACAAGCCGUUGACACAGAAUUACCAUCCCCCGGUGUACACUCAAAGCGGCAUAGGCUAUCCCUACUAUAAGGAUAACGCUAACAGCCACCCCUACGUCGAUCAGAAUGAUCACCACGUUCCUGAGUACGCAGGUGGUUACCACAGGGAACCUGUGUCCUUUGGACAGGACCUCGCUUACCGAGGCUACCAAGACUACCAGUCGUAAGGAUGCCUGAAAGUCGUAAAUUACGCUGUUUAACUCUUAAAAUAUUUUUUCAAAUUAGAGCAAUAUUAUUGGAUCUCGAAGGCAAAGAACAAAACGCAAAAUCGAAGAGUAUGAAAUUUAGGAUAAAUGAAUACUACAGAAUGUCAACAGAGUAUGUUUAAAAUGUAAUUAGAAAGGAAAGAUUGAAUGACAUAACAACGUAAAGAUAAAUAGUCACAUUGCUCAGAUUUGGAGAAGUAUUAGGAGGAGUAAACAUAAGGCAGAAUAAAAAUUCCCACGGCAAAAUCUCUACUAUUUAAGUUUCAAUUGAAUCAGUUGGACAUGGAGAACCUGAUAGUAUUAUAGACCUCUAGGAAGAGAUUUAUUAUUGUUUCCAAGGUCGCUAUUUCUUUUUGUUACCAGAGCUUCUUCCUGUUGUUAGAGGAAUAGGGUUGUCGAUACAUACAUAUUCCACUGCAGGAGCUCCACCUUAAAUCUUAUAGGUUGAUGUCUUGCUGAAGGUGAAUGUACGAAUGUUUCAACAUUUUUGUGAUUGAGACUGAAAGGAUACUUAGAGGGUUGAGAAACCGCUCUAGGUCUAAUCGUGUAUAUCGGUAUGCUCUCUUACGUUCCGCUCCAUCGAAGUGGAAUUAGUAUUCAGCUCUCUGGAAUGUUGUACAAUUGCAGGAUGAUGCCAUUUGUUAAGAGUGUUUCGUUCAGGAAUUAGGUUAUAUAUAUUGCUAGCCAUGUUCUGAUAAGCAAACCUUUGAAGACGCUGUUAAGUUGUAUAUAUUACUUAAUCGUGCCUGUAGAUACUCGCAGAAUCUAUGGAUAGUUAGUUUUACGCGUUUAAGAUUAUUUAUUGCGUUAUCGAACAAAUUGUAUGUAGGUUUAUUCUAUGUAGAUGCUAAGGUCAAUAAAUCCAAGCAAUU